UAAACAGGCUUCACUGAUUCGAGUAUUUGGCGAGCACGGUUUUGUACUACUAAUUUUGGCGGUCCAUGAACUCACCAUAGUUGUUACAUGAAUAACUUUCUCCGACUUUCUAGAACGUGUUUUAUGCCACUUCUUUUUCUGUCUCCUUUUGUCCACCAAACUUUUAACGUUGUGCACAAAGUGUAUGCGCCAUCUUGGAUUGGAUUCGUCGUGGAAAGUCUAGUGUGCUCAAGUGGACCAGUCAAGAUUUGUAAGACCCCCCCUCAAAUCCUUAAUGAGAAUGCUUGUUUGCCUGGUAGCUGGAUGCUAACCUGCUAACAACACAACAAACAGGUGAUGGCUGAAGAAGCUCAUUUAAAGGGGACGUCCUUCCUCAAACCACUGCCAAAAGAAAACCACUGGGGCCGUGUCAUUGCGAGCCACAACAUCUUUGAGUCAACUCAGUCAGAAUGGAGAUGAACGGAGUCGUUUCAGAGUAUCGAAAGAAGUGUGUUGAGUCUAAACACAACAGUUUGUGCAAGGAAGAGACGGAACCCAACGAGACCGUAGAUGAAACCAAAGUGUCUCACAUAGAAAAAGCCUACAGCACAAUACUGGCGGAGCUCGGAGAGGACAUCAACCGAGAGGGACUUCUUCGAACACCACUUCGUGCUGCCAAAGCCAUGCAGUUCUUCACCAAAGGCUACAAAGAAACCCCCCAGGACAUCUUGAAUGAUGCUAUCUUUGAUGAGAACCAUGAGGAGAUGGUGAUUGUCAAGGACAUUGACUUGUUCUCUCUGUGUGAACAUCACCUGGUUCCCUUCUUUGGCAAGGCUCACAUAGCAUAUCUUCCAAACAAGAAAGUGGUUGGUCUGAGCAAAAUAGCAAGAAUUGUGGAGAUCUACAGUAGGAGACUUCAAGUUCAGGAGCGUCUAACCAAGCAGAUCGCUUCAGCAAUCGUUGAGGCGCUGGACCCUACUGGAGUGGCGGUGGUCAUCAAGGCUGUUCACAUGUGCAUGGUGAUGAGGGGUGUGCAGAAGAACAAUGCAAGUACUGUGACAAGCGUCAUGUUGGGAGCCUUUAAUGAUGACCCCAUCACACGCAAGGAGUUCCUCAACCUUGCACUGUAAAACAGGCCAAUCUACUCACAUUCCUCACCAUGACAGCGGAUUACAAUCCUAAUAAGCAACUGAAAGAUUACAAUUGUGUCUUUAGCAUUUUUUGUGCGGGUUUUUCUACAUUGGGGAAAACAAGUUUGGUUUUCACACUUUUUACUGUCGUGUGAAGCGAUCACAAUCACCCAAACAUCUUUCAAUAAUCAUUUCUACACUUGAAUGAAACAAAGUGGUAUGUGUUAUUAUAUUAUCAAAGACAGUCUCACACAUUGUGACAACCAAAGUCGGUAGAAUAGGCAAAAAUUUUACUUGCCGUAUUUUUCGGGUCAUAGGGUUUACCGGUUUAUAAGGCGCACUGCUAAUGAGCGGGUCCAUUUUCAUACACAUGGCCCACUGGAUUAUAAGGCACAUUAAAAGGGUCAUAUUAUAAUUGUUCUUCUACAUUUAAAACUCUUCCUUGUGGUCUACAUAACAUGUACUGGUUAGUUUUUUCAAGCUGCUUUCUGACCGUUUCUUCAGGAUGCGCACACCCCCAACCGCAUUGAUUGGUUGAUUGAAACUUUUAUUAGUAGAUUGCACAGUGAAGUACAUAUUCCGUACAAUUGACCACUAAAUGGUAACACCCGAAUAAGUUAUUUCAACUUGUUUAAGUCGGGGUCCAAGCAUAGUCCAGGUUGGUUAGUCCUAGUUUUCAAAAACCGAACACGAUCAGAUUAAGGUGUUUUCAUGGGUUGCAGGAGGCUUAUUUAGAGCCAAACUAUUUGAGAAAUCUGAAUAAUUUAGUGCAUGGACACGUACGGUUUGUUGCACAGGUAGUUUUUAGCACUUCCAUAGCGUGACCACUGAAAGUUAGAACUAUACGCUACUUUAUAUUAGAAAUGGCAACAGUGGAGGAUAAAGAAAAAUAAGGAGUUUACGGACUACAACGUGGACUACAAUGGCAAACACGCACACAUUUUUUAGACUUAUGCAGAUCCCAAAUACACAUCAGCAUGAACCAAUAUGUAAGAAAAGUCGGUGUUGCAUAAUAGGUCAAAAUAAAACGCCAGAUAAAGUCUCCUAAUAGGUGCCAUUUUGGGGUCCUUAUACAGACACCAUGAUAAUACCCGUAUGUUGGAGCACAGUACGUCUGACUACGAUGGAUGUAAUGUGCCGACAAUCCAUCAAGCGGUGCGGCGUUCUAGCUUAUCAAAGUUGUAGUAAAACAUUUUGACAGAUUUUUGAGCGCUGCGUGUAAUGUUCUAUAUUCUCAAUUAUACAUCAAAGUUUUGGUGUUGCUUGCUUACGGGUACUUGCUCGUGUCAUUUAUUAAACAGGCGUCAACUUGCAGUCUACACGUAUCGCUUAUGUGUUACUGCCAUCUACUGGUUACACUUAUUACACCAUGUUCCACAACCAUAGUUAAUACAUAUUGCACAUAAUGUACACUGUCGAUUUUUGAAAAAAUGGAAAGAUAUUAAGUGUGCCUUAAAGUCCAAAAAAUACGGUACAUGCAAAACCAACUUUUCUUACUAAUUGGUAGCUGUUUUUGUUUAUUUGGGAUCUGCAUAAGUCCUGAAAAUGAGAACUCAAACCAUAGAGGUAUUGUGGAGAUAUUUAGAAAACAAUCAUGCCUUCCUUUAUAUUUCCUUCAAACGAGCCGUCCCGUCUGCCAUUGUAAUCCGACACUGUAGUCAAUAAGCUCUUCUUUGUCUUUCUCUGUCCUCUUAUUGUGGGGCAGACUGGCUCGUACAUGCACAUGCAUCCUCCGCUCUUGCCAUUUCUAAUACAAAGUAGCAUAUAAACCACAACAUGGAUGACGGGGAGAAGAUGCUGUCAAAGUGGAGGCAUGUAAAUAAGACCCGCCCACAAAAGGGCGCAUCCCAAAGAGACAUUUAGAAAGAGGUUUGAAAAUGGUCUGUAAAAGAUCAUCUAUGCAACAUUUUGACCAAAUAACCUUUAUUACAUGUCAUGUAGACCACAAGGAAGUGUUUUAAAAGUAGAAAAAAAGUCAUAGGAGAGCACAGGUGUCAAACUGAAGGCCUGUAAAUAAUUACACGUCAAUUAAGUACUUUAUCUUUUCUUACAAAAUGUAUACAAUCUUUUCAUUUUGACAGAAAAAAUACAUGUACCACGUGCAAUAGCGAAUCUUUUAGAUAUCAAUUUAAAAGUUUAGCAAAACAUGAAUACCUCUCUCAUUUUGCAAAGUGGACCUUGUUUUUACGGCAGCACAUCAGUGAAACGCAAUCAUUUAUGGACAUCUGGAGGGAGGACUUGGUCUCAGCCUCUGUAAGAGUGUAGUUUACGCCUUGCUAGCAAGCUAACAAGUGUGAGACGAAGUUGUGUGAAGAAUAACUAUCAUUUUAGCCAAAGUUGGCCAGCUAAAAUUAGUCUACAUCAAUUCAAGUACUUUUUAAAGCAAUGAUGUAAAAAGGGGCACAAUAACAUACGCGAACCGUGCACGCGCACAAACACACACACACACACACACACACACACACAGAGACAGACGCACAGACAUCAUAAGAUUUAACAUACAAUCUAUCAAAUAGCCAACAUUUUAAGGAUUAAUCAAAGAUAAAAUUCUACACAUUUAGUCUAUUAGAGGGCUAAAACUGCCAAGAGUUAAUCAAUAGUCAAUAUACCAGUGUGCAGCUUUUUAAACAUCACAAAAUGCCUUUCUUUUUGGAAAAAGUAAAAUUUUGUGUUUUGUUCGUUUUCAUUACUUUUUUUUAAUUUAUUUUUUAAUUACAUAAACCAGGUUAAUGGUUUUUUUUAGCAAUUGGCCUUUUUUUUAAAUGGACAACAUUUGAAUAGUCAUUUUAAUUUUUGUAACAGCUGAAUGAGGAGCACAGUUACAGUCAAAAUAAAUAAUUAUGAAUAAAUUAGUCAUCUUGAUUGUUUGUAAGCAUAUUAAAAAAUAACUUAAACUGCAUUUAGAAGACGAUGGAAAAAUUAGAGCCAUUAACUGUGUACGCUUUAUUAUCUGAUUAGUCGACUAAUCGUUAAGAUAAUCGCUGACUAAUUGACUAUAAAAAAUAAUCUUUAGUUGCAGCCCUAUACUGUACACAUACCUAUUGUAAAACUUACAAUAGAUUUUACGCCCUGAAUUCCGCCCUGUUGCCAAAAUUUUACAGUAAGAAAAAAACUUUUUCCAGUUACAGUAACACACUGUAAAAAUAACGGUGGAUUGUCAGAAUUUCACCGUAAAAAACAUUACUGUAAAAACCACUGUAAAUUUGCAUAGGCAAUUGUGUAAUAUGAGGCAAACCUUAAUACAUUUGUGUUUAUAUAUUAUUCAAUAAUAUGAGGGCAGCCAUAAGAAACAACACCCUCUAGUGGUGAGAUGUAAGUGUGACAACCAACAUUGUUUUUCUCUACUGUACAAUUGUAAUGAUCCGGUAGUGGACCUUUAUAUUGAAGCAGAAAUUGUCUGAAAACUGUAUUUUUAGAUACUUUUUCUCAUGUUUGAAUUGUGUACUUUAUUGACUGAAGUAUUGAAAUUAAA